CGGGGGAGGAGCCGUCAGGCGCUUUCUUUAGCCGCCUUUCCAAAAGGACCCCGAGCUCUUCAGUGGCCCUGAAGGCGAAGCGAAGCUGCCGUACAACAUGGCGGCGCUCUGGAGAGGGCGCUUCCGGGUUGAGCCCUGGCUCCGCUGUACGGCGCGGGCUCUUUCAGCAGGGAAGAAUGAAUACGACCUUCUUGUUAUCGGAGGAGGCUCUGGUGGAUUGGCUUGUGCUAAAGAAGCUGCCCAGUUUGGAAAGAAGGUAGCUGUCCUAGAUUAUGUGGAUCCUUCUCCAAGAGGAACCAAAUGGGGGCUUGGUGGGACGUGUGUGAACGUGGGUUGUAUUCCGAAGAAGUUGAUGCACCAAGCAGCUCUCCUGGGACAUUCGGUCCGAGAUGCCCAACGUUAUGGCUGGAACGUACCCCAUCGUAUCAGUCACGACUGGUCUGUGAUGGCCAAAGGAGUUCAAAACUACGUCAAAUCCUUGAAUUGGGGACACAGGUUACAGUUGCAAGAUAAAAAGGUCAAAUACUUCAAUCUGAAAGGCAGCUUUGUGGAUGCACACACCAUCCGUGGGGUAGCAAAAGGAAACAAGGAGACCCUACUCACCGCAGACCACGUAGUUCUUGCCACUGGUGGCAGACCAAGAUACCCCACAGAGGUUGCAGGAGCCCAAGAGUUUGGAAUUACAAGCGAUGACAUUUUCUGGCUUAAACGAUCCCCUGGAAAAACGUUGGUUGUGGGCGCCAGCUAUGUUUCCCUCGAGUGCGCCGGCUUUCUCACCGGCCUCGGAUUGGACGCUACCGUGAUGAUCAGGAGCAUCCCGCUUCGAGGAUUUGACCAGCAAAUGGCUAAUCUGGUGACGAGCCACAUGGAAGCAUCCGGCACCCGGUUUCUAAAGAAAUGCAGCCCAACUAAAAUCAAGAAGCUAGACAACGGCCGGCUGCGGGUGACGUGGAAAUACGUGGACUCCGGCAAAGAAAAAUCGGAUGAGUUCGAUACGGUGAUGUGGGCCGUAGGCCGAGCUCCAGACACUGCAGCCCUUAAACUGGAUCGUGUGGGUGUGAAAAUCAAUCCUGAAACGGGGAAAAUCCUUGUCGAUCCAGCAGAAGUCACUUCAACCCCGCAUAUUUGUGCAAUUGGGGACAUCACUGAGGGCCGCCCUGAACUAACGCCCACCGCAAUCGCUUCAGGAAAGUUGUUGGCUCGGCGGUUGUUCGGCCUCUCUUCCGAACUCAUGGAUUACGACAAUGUGCCUACAACAGUGUUCACCCCUCUAGAAUAUGGUAGCGUUGGCAUCUCAGAAGAAAUUGCUGUCCACCGAUAUGGUCCAGAUAACAUCGAGGUAUACCACGCCUUUUAUAAACCCUUGGAAUUUGUUGUGGCCGAAAGAGAUGCUACUCAGUGUUACAUAAAAAUGGUGUGCCUGCGUGAAAAAGACCAGCGAAUCCUGGGCCUUCAUUUCAUUGGCCCAAAUGCUGGCGAAGUGAUCCAAGGCUUCGCUCUUGGAAUCAAAUGCGGUGCUACUUAUUCUCAAAUGAUGCAGACAGUUGGGAUUCACCCCACCUGUGCCGAAGAAGUGACUAAGUUGCACAUCACCAAGAGGUCAGGCUUGGAUCCGACUGUCACGGGCUGCUGAGGUUAAGCACCAUCCCUGGUCAACCAGGCUGGGCAGAAGCCUCCAGAAGAGAAGGAAGGAGCACAUCAACAUCUAGAGAGUCACCACCAGGCCAACUCCAGUGAAAGCCUUCUGCCAACCGAUCCCAUUUCUGGAAUGUUCACUCCUCCAAUUUAUUUCAUUGGAUGAAGAUAUCUAGAUGAAUGUUGAUGAGCUGGAACUGGUACCAAAGCCGGGGUAGAUGGACACCAAAAAUAUCUGCUCCUUUUCUCAGAAGUUCUGCCUUGUGCCUUCCAGGGAUGGUUUAUUUUCAACAACCACCUCAAGCAGCCUCGUACGGAUGCCAAAAAACCCAACCAACGUCGCAAAAGAUUUCUUGGGCGUGCAGAUAUUUUGUGCGUUUGAGGAAUCCACGCAAAAUCAGGGGACACCGGCUGAUGACGACUUGUGUAUAAAUCCACUCGCUGGAGUAGACAGGUUUGAUGCUUGCUGGUUCCUUAUUGAGCCGAAAGAAUUACGUUGGAAUUGAUGGUAAGAAAGUUCAUAGAAAAGGAUUAAAAAAUAGCUGUUAAA